AUGUCUCCCAAGAAGCCUUUAUUCGAGUGCCCCUUUUGCUUGGAACUCAACAUGAACUCUUCGACGCUGCGAAAAGCCGACCUCAAGCGCCACUUCAAGUCGUUCCAUCACACCGAUGCCCAGUGGCUUUGCCCGGUGCGCAGCUGCGGCAUGUCAUUUGACUGGCAAAAGGCCCUCGACCAUCACCUGAAAGACGUACACGGAGACACGCAGCACAGCUCAGAGGAAGCGAAGGUCAAACUCUGCCCCCAGGUUGUCUUUGGCUGUGGCUUCAUCAACUGCAAGCUUGUCCUCGAGGCAUCCAGCGAGGACGACGCCGACAAGAAGGCCACCGAGUACUUCAACCACGUCAUCAACCACUUUGAGGAUAAUCUCUCGAACCGCGAGUGGUCGCACUCGGCCCGAAUCAGGAACCUAAUGCGUCAGAAAGCCGUCGAGGGACACUGGAAGGACCGCAAGAAGAGGGUAGCUGGUCCGCAAGACCUGGAAUGGCAGUCGCACACAUCUACCGUUCUUAGGAAGCUGCUCGAAACCCGCCACUUCUCCGACGUCGAGUCUCUGAUUACGUGGGCCGUCCGUCUCGGAUCCAAGCCA